AUGCCCACUCUCCAGCGUAUGGCGGACGAUUCGGAGUUCCUUGAGCACCGAAGACGUCGUUUCGACCAGGAUGAUCCUCCACCGCCAUAUUCGUCGCACAACACCACGAGACUGCCAACUCCCGACCCAUUCCCUCCAGCGGUGGACGACAUCGAUAUAGACGAGCUUCUUCACAAACCGUUGAGUGACUUUGAGAUCAAUGUGAUCAGAGGAAGGUUUAGCCUUGAUGGGCUUUAUUAUCCACGCCAUCGAUGCAACGACGAAGUCCGUCAAGAAAAGGAGCGGAUCUAUCGAGAAUCGGCCAGACGGGAUGAAAACUAUAAUCCGCUCUAUCGUGGACCCGACCUGAUCGGGCGCCCUGUACAGCAGCGGAUCUACAUUAUGGCUAGACACAGCAUCAAAAAGCGAUGGGAAAAGCUGGGAGUGUGGAACCCCAAAUGGGGGGUCCCCACUGGCUAUCUCGAAGGGUUUGGCAACGAUGACGGCCCACGCUCUUGGGUGUGGGACCGAAAAGCACGAGGCAUAAAGAGAAAGUACAAUUACCUGCCACAUGAAGAAAAAAUGGCCAGUUGGCCCUCGUGA